AUGGUUAAGAUCGCUAUUGCAGGUGGCUCCGGCAACGUCGGCCAGGAAAUCACCGAUGUCCUUGUUGCCUCGAAGAAGCAUGAAGUUGUCAUCUUGUCUCGAAAGGACGCUCCAGCCGGCACUUCUGGCGUAACCUGGGUCAAGACGGACUACAGCGACACCAAACAGCUCACCCAACUCCUCCGAGGAGUGCACACCGUGCUUUCGUUCAUCAUAGAGCAAGAGGACGUAGAAAGCCCAAGCCAGAAGCGCCUCAUCGACGCCUCGGUCAACGCAGGCGUCAAACGAUUCGCUCCUAGCGAGUGGGCAGCUUCAACAUUCGAACACCUCCCUUGGUACUCCUACAAGACCACAAUCCGGACCUACCUCGCGGAACUCAACAAGGAGAGGAAAGUCCUCGAAUACACCCUUUUCCACCCGGGCCUCUUCGUCAACUACCUCACCCGGCCCUACCCGUCGUCUAAGCAUCUCCACCAAGUGGAAUUCCCAAUCGACCUGUACAACCGCCGGGCCAUCCUCGCCGAGGGCGUAGAAGACGCCAAACUCGCCCUCAUAACAGUACAGGAUUUCGCAGCCGUCGUCGCCCGCGCACUCGAAUACGAGGGCGAGUGGCCCGUAAUCAGCGGUGUCCAGGGCGACCUGCUCACCUUGCGCGAAGUCAUUGCGAUUGGUGAGAAGGCCCGUGGUGGUGCGCCGUUCACGCUUUACAAGUUCAGCAAGGCGGAUCUGGAAGCUGGGACUUGGCAGCCGUCGUGGGUACCCAAGAUUGACCAUCCCUCUAUCCCGCCGGAGCAGGUUGAGCCCAUGUCCAAGCUUGUGUCAGCGGGGAUGUCGCUGGGGCUGUUGGAGGGGGCGUUUAGGGCUUCUGAUGAGUGGAAUCGCAUCCUGGCUGACUUUCGGUUUGUCAAGGCGGGAGAGUUUUUGGAGGACGCUUGGAGGGGAAAGGAUUAG